UUCUCCCUCCCCUCCUCCCCCUUCUCGUACAGCUGCUCAUCAGAGCAAACGCACCAAGAUGUCUAAAAAGCAAAACCCAAAAGAUCCAUCCGGGUUCAUUUUCGAUGUGCAGUCCAACACUGUGAUGGCCCAAGGAGGAACCUUUGAAAACAUGAAGGAGAAGAUCAACGCAGUGCGUGCCAUAGUCCCAAACAGGAGCAACAAUGAGAUUGUCCUCGUGCUCCAGCAUUUUGACAACUGCGUGGACAAAACAGUGCAAGCAUUUAUGGAAGGUAACGCCAGUGAAGUAUUGAAGGAAUGGACUGUCACAGGCAAAAAAAAGAACAAGAAGAAGAAAACCAAACCGAAACCGCAAGCCGAGGCGAACCCUGGCCCUGCAGACCCCAGGAAAUUGGUGUCCACUGAAGAGGAGCAGUCAGCAAACUCGGAGAAGGGGGGAAUUAACGGUUUCCAUGUCAACGGCUGUGCCCAUGACACGGAGUCGGUGGACUCGCUCAGCGAAGGGCUGGAUGCGCUUUCAAUUGAUGCCAGAGAGCUGGAGGAUUGCGAGGCCUCGGUGCCAGACAUGCCUGAGAGAACAGUGCCUCAACUAGAGAAUGGAAUAGCAGACCUCGACACCAAAUCUCUCACCAUGCACCCUGCCCAGAGCCCUUCGUCUCUCAGACAGCGUCCUGAUCAGCACAGCGCCAGCAGGUCCGGCUCCAGACCCACGGCCCCCACCUCCCUGCCUGCUGUGCGCCUGGACAACGUCGCCUUCUCACCUGCAAACAAGAAGCUGGGUUCUAAUAUUGAAAAAUCAGUGAAGGAUCUCCAGCGCUGCACCGUCUCACUGGCUCGGUACCGGGUGGUGGUGAAAGAGGAAAUGGAUGCUUCCAUUAAGAAGAUGAAGCAGGUAUUUGCUGAGCUGCAGAGUAGCCUCAUGGAUCGCGAGGUGGCGUUGCUGGCUGAGAUGGACAAAGUGAAGGCAGAAGCAAUGGAGAUCCUGAUGAGCCGGCAGAAGAAGGCAGAGGCCCUGAAGAAGUUGACCGACGUGGCAGUGCGGAUGUCAGAGGAGCAGCUGGUCGAGCUCCGAGCUGAUAUCAAGCACUUUGUAAGCGAGCGCAAGUAUGAUGAGGAGCUGGGCAGGGUGGCACGGUUUACGUGUGACAUCGACGCGUUGAAGAAGAGCAUUGCUGCCUUUGGGCAAGUUUCUCACCCGAAGAACAGCUACUCCACUCGCUCCCGCUGCAGCUCCGUCACAGCCGUGUCCCCAAGCAGUCCCAGCAACAUCUCUGCUCCCUCCAGCCCCGCCUGUGCCUCUGCCAUCAGCCUUACCACAGCGAGCAAGAAGCCCCCGUCCUCCAUGGAGGCGGCCGUGGAGGGUGCAGGCAGCCACCCCCCCCAGCCCCACCGAGAGGCUGCCCCAGGGAACAGGCGAUCGGCACCACCGGGCUCCCGGCCGCAGUCCCACGCCGCUCCUCCCCCGGCCAGGCGGUCCGGCGGCCCCCGGCACCGCGGCGGAGCAGCUCCGGCACUUGGCCGGCACCAGAGCAGCCCGGGCAGCCCCCACCAAGUGCAACCCCCGGAGCCCGGAGCUGCGGCCGGAGCUGCUGCCACGCACAGCAAAGGGCUCCCGCAGCGCAAGCCCCGCGCCAGCCGCCAGGAGGGAGCCAGCUCCUGAGGUUUCCCCACUUCUGCCCUAAGGGGACGAGACUGUAGGAAGCUCCUAGCUAGAGAUAUUAACAAAGGAAAGUUUACACUUCUCAGUUCUUGUGCCAUUAUUAUUAUUUUUUUUUUCUUUCCUUCUCUUUCUCUGACGUCUGCUUUGUGUUCUUCUCUCACCUACUGCACCUCCACCUGGGCUCGGGGCCCCUUUGCUGCUGUCACUGUUGCCUUUUUCUUUCCCCUCUAGAAAAUCUCCAUGGCUCUGAUGUCACUGUAGGCACAGGGGGCCCAAACGCAGCCCCCAGCCUCUUUGUCCCCACUCUGCCCUGACCCUGGGGUCUCACAUUGAAGGAAUGACCCCAGGACAGCCCAGCCCUCGUGCUGGCAACGAGGACAAGUGCUGCAAAAUGGGAGCAGGGGGCAAUUUGAAGGAGCCAGGAGGGGUUUGUGAGGGCUAAGCCCCCAGCGUUGUGCCAGCAGGACCCUGUGCACACUGCACAGCGUGUUCUUCUCUGGUUUAUGUAGAGGGGAAAACUCUUUGUUCAGUUCACCUCCCUCUCUGUCCAGACCCACCCUAAAUUAAAGAGCAAUAUCAAUUAGCAGAGCUAAUCCUAGCUGCUACCAAGCGGUGAUGGCCGUUACUUAGCAUUGUCCGAAUAAAAGGCGAUGUUCGUG